CUGAAAAAAUCACGUUUGUAAGAUGUGUGGUUUAGCUGAAAUUAAUUAAAAUGUCAAAUGCUCGGUGAAAGUAAUCUGAGCUCGGCAGUUUCCGCUGUUAUCGGCUGCAUGACGAAAAGAAUGUGAACAGAUGCAGAGACAGCUUCAAUGUUGUUACACUACAUGGCAUGUAAAUAAACAUGUCCUGUGAUACUCACAGUGAAACAAAAAGGGGUAGAAGAUGUGUAGCGGGUGGGUGUUCAAGUACACAUUUAGAUGGAGUGUCCCUGCACUAUUUUCCAUUUAAAAAGGAACCACAUCUUGUACCAAAGUGGACUGCCUUUGUUAGACUUAAGAGAAAAUGGCCUGAGGGCCCUACUAAAUAUUCCAGCCUUUGUGAAUUACAUUUCGAUGACUCUUGUUAUCCAUUUGAUUAUCGAUUCAAAAAAUCACAAGGAAUUCCAGUGAAGAACAAAGUUCUAAAUCCUGGGUCAGUACCAACAAAACAUCACCCUAGUGUUUUAGGAAAACGUGAUUUGAGCUCUGUUGAGGAGGGUGAGGAGAAAUCCAAUGAGAGAGAGAAAAAAGAAAGGAAACGGAUAAGAGGGGCAUUUGUAAAACGAGAAAAUUUUAGAAUCAUUACAGAGAAAACAGAAGUUCAGAAUAAAUCUAUGCAAGAAGCUGAAGCUAGAAAAUCAGAAGAAGAUUCAAAUUGCACAAUGACUGACAAUGAAAUCAAUAAAGGUUCAGAAGGAUUUUCAAAAUCAAAAGAAGCCUUCAGUCAGACAAAAAGGUCAUGGAAUAAAAGAAGUAAAUCUAGCCAAACCAAAUCUAAAACAUCUACCAAAGGGACUCAAAUAAAUAUGUAUCCUGCCCGAAGAAGUGUGGGUAUACAAUGCAAUAUAAACGAUAAUGAACAAUCUAUGAGUGAUCAAUUCCUAAGAUACGAGGAUGACAUGCCAACAGAAUCCUCCGACCUGGAAAUUUCUUCUGAUUCUGAAUAUCAAGAACAUCCUGAAAGUGAUGAUUCCAUGGAGUAUUCCUCCGAGGAAAAUGAAAAACCAAAUGCAAGAGAAGAGAAGAAAUUCAUUGUGUUUCAAUCCCAACUGAUGAAGUUAUUUCAUACCUGUUCCAAAUGCAAGUCUCCAGUUGUGGGGAAGAUAAAACAAAUAAAAGGAUCAUUCAUUUCAGUUGAAGUGGAAUGUAUUCUUUGUAAUUUAAAAUCAACAUGGAAUAGUCAACCCUAUAUAUAUUGGAGAGGUACCUGCAGGAAAUCUUCUGAUAUCAACAUCAAUUGUACUAUCAGGGUCCAUUCCAAGUAA